AUAUGAUGGUUAUCGUAAAGAAUCAGUAUUCUCUAUUGGAUUACAUGGUAUAGCACAAGAGGAUGGUGAAAAAGUCUGUCAAAUAAUAGAAGAUACAUUUGAUAAAGUCAUACGAGAAGAAUUUGAAAAGGAACGAAUAGAUGCAGUACUACACAUGAUAGAACUUGGUCAAAAGCAUCAAACUAGUAAUUUUGGUUUAAAUCUGUCCAUAGCAGUAACAUCAAUUUGGAACCAUGAUGGAAAUCCCACAGAAUCUCUAGCAAUCAAUAAACAUGUUGAAAGGUUUAAACAGGAACUUCAGAAUAAUCCCAGAUUUUUACAGGAGAAAAUUCAGCAUUAUUUUAAGGACAAUCGCCACAAAUUCACCCUGACCAUGAGUCCAGAAGAAGGUUUUGAAGAUAAGAGAAAUAAGGAAGAAGCAGAAAGACUGAAGAAAACAGUUGACUCUUUGUCUGAAAGUGAUAAAAAAUUGGUUUAUGAAAGAGGCUUACAAUUAAUGGAAAAACAAAUGGAAGAAGAAUCCUUAGCCUGCCUUCCUACCUUGACAUUAAAUGAUCUGGAUAAGAAUAUCAAACCAGAACCUGUAAACAAUAUAACUAUAGGUGGUGUACCAGUUAUGUGUAGUCUGCAACCUACAAAUGAAGUAACGUAUCUUCGUAUGAUUUGUAAUGUUGACAGUGUACCCAAAGAUCUACUGCCUUACUUAUCUCUCUUUACUGGUAUCUUAACACAAAUGGGUGCUGGUGAUUAUGAUUAUAAGAAAUUAUCUCAACAGAUAGAUUUAUACACUGGUGGAUUAUCUACAUCCCCUCAUAUAGUCUCCCAUCAUACACAUCAUCAUUCUUAUGAAAAGGGAAUAUAUUUUACAUCCUAUUGUUUAGAUAGAAAUAUAGAACAACUACUAUACUUAUGGUCCAGUGUUAUCAAUAGACCUGAUUUUUCUGAUGUAAAUAGACUAACAACAUUAAUAAGAAUGUCAGCUAGUGGUAUGGCUGCAGGGUUAGCUGAUUCAGGACAUUCUUAUGCCAUGGGACAUGCAGCUUCUUCCAUAUCGCCUGCUAGUUAUCUCUCAGAAACACUCAGUGGAAUGAAACAGGUAUCAUUUAUGAAGAAAAUAGCUGAGAUGAAUGAUCAAAGUGAAACACUAUCAAAAUUAAAUCAAAUUGCUCAGUUGGUCUUAAAUAAACAAUCUUUAAGGCUGUUGAUCAAUGCCACGCCCCAGUUUAUGCCAGAUGCAGUUAAAUCUGUAGAGAAAUUUAUAAAUGGAAUACCAGGAUCAUAUUCAACAUCUUAUAUUCAAACUAAU